CUGUCGCACGGUGAACUAGUGCCGCGCGUACGAAGCAUUGUAGCGUUUUAUUUGCAGUUAUUUUAGUAUUAUAAUUAUAAUACAGAAGAAUAAUUAUUGUGUUAUUGAAUAAAAACCGUUGCUGUCAUAACGUAAUAACAAGAUACAUACUAUGGAGCAUAUCAGUACCGAGCCCGGAUCGAGUUCGUCGAGUGGUCCCGACUCAUCUAGGUCGAUCGACUUUAUAGGCCCGCAAACAUACGAACUAUUGAAACAAGUCAUACAGGGAAUACACAAUGAACUCAAUAAACUGAACGAUAAGAAUGUUAAUGCUGUGAAUGUAAAUACGGCACGACUCACUGGAUUCCACCCGGUGACCAUACUGAAGGUACAUAGGAAAAUGCAUGAUCUAUCCGGUAAAGAACUAGAACGCAAAGCGGUACAUUUAACGUUCAAGAAUUUUUGUAUAGUUCACAAGAGAUACCCGAAUUGCUACGAAAUGCUCAAGAAGUUAUCGGAGUAUCCGCAAGUCGUGUACGAUAUGCAAUCGUUGGUGAGAAGUCUUACCGGAAUGGGGUACUUGUUGAGGAGACGUCCUGGAGGUAAAAUACCGUUUGUCGUCGAAAGACCGGAGGUCGCUUUCGAAAGGUUACUGUACCUCAAGAAAAUGGCGGGAUAUCGGUCGCAUAAGCGAAGUAUAUACUACAUAGGCGAAGCGUCGGUGUCGUCAAAGGGCGAAGUGCUCACCUCGGAGGAAACCCUGGUAUACUCAAAAGGUCCCGAGACGCGUCUCUUCCCAUUCUUUUACUUCGUCUUCCAUAAUCCAGAUCACAAAACGGCAGUUUCGUGCAGUUUUAGUAUCGUCGAGGAUUUGAAUGCUUCUAGUUUUAUAAAAUGGAUAACAAAAGAUGUUCUCGCGACGACUGCAAUACUCGAUAAUAGCGUUAUCGUUCUAGAUAAUUCAGAGAACCACAACGAAACAAUCUGUACGCCUCUGACGGAUAUAAAUAAAAGUUUGAAAUCCGAGAUAAAAGAAUGGCUCGAGCAUCACCUAGUUCCUUAUACGAACGAUAUGUCUAAAAGGCAGCUUUGGAAACUGGCUGAAAAGUUGACUGAUAUCCACGAAAACGUAUACGUCGUUGACAAUAUACUGAAGCAACAUGGCCACUGCGUGUUGAGGCUGCCGAACUGUAUCAACGAAUUGAGCUUAGCCACUGCCGUCAGGCAGCUCGUCAAAUGUUCCGUAAUGGACAAAAUACAAGAAGAACAAUCGUUGCAAGUGACUUUAGAAAGUAUAAGAACUGCUAUCAUUUUUAACAAAUUAAAUGGAUAUAAUUCUUCUCUAAUAAAAGAAGAAAACAAACUUUUGGAUAUGGAUAUCAAAACUGAAAAAAUAAGAGAUUUAUUGGAAGAACCUAUUUGUUGUUCGCUUGGAGAAAAUGAUGAUAAAAAUUUUGAUAUCGAAUUUCCAUUUUUUGUGGACUAAGAUUGAUGGCAAUCUCGUAGGACCACUUAGAAAAUGGAAUUUAUAUUAUUAAAAAAUACUUUGUGUCAUAUUUUUCAACGCAUAUUAUAAUUAAUAUUUUAUCGUUUUAAGUAGGUAUUCCUUACAUGGAAUGCCAGUCCGGAUAAUAAGUAAAACUCAUUUAACUCUGGAUCACCUAACUUUUAAGUAAAACUAAAUGUGGUUAAUAAAUAAAGCAAUAUUUGGUUA